AUGGAAAGGAUAAGAUACCACCUGGUGGAGAGGUAUUCCGAAGAGGGCCUGACACUUCUUAUCUUCUAUCUCAGGAACAUGAGCCCGAUGGAGAUGGUAUACUUCUUCUGCACAGCUUCAAAGAUUCUGGACAGAAGCAGCUCAGUGAUCCUGCUUGCAUAUCUUCGGCACGCGCAGACCAAGGGGAUGGAGUGCCCGAGGUAUGCACAGAGGUCGCUGAACUACCACGUGCAUGUGCUGAACAAGAGGAUAUCCAAAAUGGUUCCAAAUGCCUUUAGGCAGUUUGUCUCUGAGAUGAAGCUGCUUGACUUCACGGAGGUGCGUGGACGAAAGGUGGAGGAGGCGAAGAAGGAGUUUGACCCUCUCAGAUUUCUUAUUGACACUGUUUUCGAGACUCUUGUGAAGAGCAGCAACGCCGAGAUUGAGAAUACGGUCCAGACGUACUUCCACGAGAAGAAGGAAAGGAUGCUCCCCAGUCCUGUCAGCGAGUCUUUCAGUCUUCUCGGCAAAAUCAAGGAAGAAGAUGCAAUAGAUGCAAGCAUUUCAAGGAUUGUGAGGAUGCUGGAUGUUGAGGACUCUCCGGAGGUCCUGGCGUUUGUUAGUAAGAAUGAGAAGUAUGCCCACUCCUUUUUUUUCUAUGCAUAUCUCCUGAACCGCGAUGUCUAUGAGUCGAUGGUCGGCCUGGUUCUCGAAAGCAAGCAGUACUUCCGGGUGGACAUCAUCAAAUGCCUUGUUGCACUUGAUGUGAAGAAGACUGUGGAGAGAAUAACCGACGAGUCGGUCGAGGUGCUGAACUAUCUGAUCAGAGAGAGGAGAAUCCAUGUCAAGGAAAUUGUGGAGAUGAUUUCCGAGCAGAGAGUAGAUGUUGGGAGAGAAAGCAUUCUCGGGGUUUUCCGGGAGAACUAUGAGACUCUCAAGGACUAUGCCUCCUGCUUUAGGCUGAGUGGGCAGGAGUUGAUUGAGGUUUCCAGGUCGAAUGACCAGGCUUUGCCUCUUGCCCUGGACGCAGUUGACUCUCAGGAAGCCAUGGACAGCUUUGUCGACUUGCUGAAGGAGAAGGAGGACACUGUUGUGGUUGACCUUGUCAGGUCUAUCAGCGAUGAGCAGAAGAAGGAGAGGCUCAUACAGACUGUUCUCAAAAGAAGGGCGGUCCGGGGCCAGCUCCGGGUCUAUCUGCUGGACAACUAUAUGGAGGACAGCCGUUUUAUAUAUGGCCUGCUUCCGUAUCUGGAAAAGUCUGACGUGUACAAGUACAUUCCCGAUUACGUUGUCGACAACGAGUCUCUGAAUGUUUUCCUGAAGGUUGUGGAGUGUUCUGAGCUUCUGAUCUUUGCCCACAGAAUCUCGGAUGUCCCAAAGGCCAUUCGGAUUCUCAACCUCUGCUUCAAGUCUCCGAAGUUUAGCGAGAGCGACUUUCUGUUUACCCUAACAACUCUGGAGAAGGAGCUGCCCCUCCUGAUUGUGAGGACACUGAUCCAGACUCUGGUGAAGUUCCCGAACCUGAAGAACUUUGUCGUUUCAUUUCUGUCCAGAUUGGUCAGGAGAAACAUAUGGAAGCAAGAGGAGAUGGUGGAGGGUGUGGCAAAAUGCUUUGAGAUGAUUGGUCCUCCUGCAGUCGACAUAAUCCUGUACCUGGAUCCGGAUGCAAUGUCCAGGAUACUGGGGAAGAGCAGGGGGCUCAGGAGACUCUGCCGCGAGCACCUGAAGCGGGAGGUUUCUGACAAGCACCACGAUGCAGUGCUAAAGUCUGUGAUGGGCCGGUUUGGUAAUAAAUAG